AUUACAAUAUGUUGUGUUAAUUGUGUAACUUUUAAUUUAAAUUUAUAUGAUCUUUUCAUUAUUGCAGUUAGAAGUAAAAAGUGUACAUAAUGAGUUACGAAAUUCAAAGUACCUUACCAGAAAAAGUUCAAUCUUCGGUGAUGACUGAAUAUGAACGUCGUGGACCAGAAAAAGCGGUAAUGGGUGAACAGGAGCGUCGUGGCUCAGAACCUUCACUUAGACCUGCUUUUUUUCAAAAGUUUCGUGCACCGUUAGUGAAAACGAUAAUUCAACAAGUUGUUUCUGAGAGAUUAGAUCAAGCUAUAUAUGAUAAGGAUCAAGCUCCAGGUUGGGCUCAUGAAAUUGCUGAAGAAAUUAAAAAGAAAUUAUUGGAAAUGGAACUUAACAGAUACAAAUAUAUUGUCAAUGUAACGAUAAUGGAGAAUAAAGGGGCUGGUGCUCGUAUGCAAGUGAAUUGUUUAUGGGAUUCCGAUACUGAUAAUCUUGCACAAGAGACUUUUAAAAACGUAAACGGAACAAUUAUAUGUGUAGUAAUGGCAUUUGGAGUGUACUUUUAUUAAAUAUUUUAAUUUAAUAUAAAUGCAUAAUUAUUAUAAGAUAGAAAAUUUUUUUUAAUAUCAACUAUCAAAGUAUCAAUAAUAUUUUUUUAAAAAUAUCAAUUUGUAAGAGAGUUUAUUUAAUAUAAAUUGAUUAGUAGAAAUAGACUUUAUU